CUUCAUAGCAUUCAUUGCCAUGGUUAUCAAUUGAACCGCUGAAAUGGAACGUAAAUCACAGAAAAUAAAGUGGUGACAGCUGCAUAGAAGUACUUGGAGCGUCCGUUAUGGAAACUUUAACAGCAACAGCCGUACGAGCAGUGUGUCAAAUAAUGGAAGAAAGCUACGCUGCUCUUCGUGUGGAAAUGGAGUGUAGCCAUGAACCGAACAGGAAGCCCCUGGCGAAGGAGAUUGGCACAGGGAGGGAGAAGGAGCCUGUGCAAGCAUUUAGCCCUUGCCGUUCUUCUGAUCGUAUACAAAUGGCAGGUUUGAGAAAGACCCCUGUUGAGGAACAGCAGGAUGAAGAAGAGGCCAGCGGUGCUGAUAUGGAAGAUGAUCCCAUUGACCACGAUGAUCCCACAAGUCAUGAUGAUUACGCUCCACUGUUACCGAUGUCAUCGCAAGGACCAUCACAGCCUGUUAAACCAAAGACCACAUCCUCUCUGGUUAAGCUUAUGGAAGAUGAGGUGCACCAUUCGAUUGUUCCUGUCAAUUCUCUACUAUCACUCACAAGAUGCACAACCUGCUGCAAAUUGUUCCACUGUCCACUUUGUCUCAGCUUUAAACCAACCAAACGCUCAAGAUUACAGCGCCAUGUUGAUGUGCACCUGAAAAAUGCAGUGUCUUUCAAAGGUAAAAAGAUUUGUAAAUGCAAUUUGGACUGUAGGACAGAUGGCCAUUAUCACUGCCCCCAGUGUGAGAGAACUAUCAUCAGGAGGGAUGCCAUGGCAAGUCAUCUGCUGUUGUGUCAAGGGGCUUCAGCUCCUGUUUCAUCAGCUGCACUGCCCUCUACGCAUGCUGUACCGUCCACACCUUUGGUACUGCCCACGCCUGCUGUAAACCAGCAUAUUAAAAUCACCACCCAUAUCCAACUGCCUCAUAGUCCAGCCUAUAGUACUCUGACGAUUAUGUGUGAUCACUGUGGUUUUGUGCUCCUGAGAAAGAACUUGAAGCAGCACCUGCUGAGGAAACACCCGGAGAUAGCCACUCCAUUGGAGGGAGCAGAAUCAGAUCCUGUGUCUGUGGCACAACACGGCACCAUGAAACAUGCUGAAGGGACCAGGCGGAGACGGAGACUGACCGCCACCUGCACCAUAUGUGGGCGUAUGGUGACCAUGAAGAACAUGCGAGCACACAUGAACAGAAAACACCCUGAUUCCUGGUAGAUGCCUGCUUUGCAAACAGAGGCAUUAUAGCCUGAUCCCAGAUCUGUUUCUGCUUUUGCUUUUUGUCAUUGAGAAGCAAAACAAUUUGGCCAAGAAAAAGAGUACAAGGAGUGGAAUGUUAGCGAAACAGGUUCUGGAUUUCAGGCUAUAGGCUUCACGCAUCAACUACUUCAUUGAUGGCUGAAUUCUAUUAUAAUAUUUUUUAUAACAAAUCUUGUACAUUCAUGUUGUAUAUUUUUUUAACAUACAAAUGGAGAAAAUUGCAUUUGUUAAUAUGACCCCUCAGUUUCAUUGGGUUACGGUUAUGACCUGGCUGCCAGUUCCAUUUCCAAGGCCUGAGUGCUGGUCUUGCAAACAAGCACAACAAACAAUUGGGCAGGAAAACUAUAGACAUUUUGUUAUUUUGAACAUUUCUUGCAGUCUCUAUAACUUGUUAAAGUUGACUAUUGUACAAAGUAUGUUGAAAAGAUGGGGAAUCAUGCUCCACUCACUCACACCAAACAAUGGUUGUUCAAAUCUAGGCUAUUAGAAUCAAGUUAUAUAGCUUAGUAUUUUAUAACUGUAGAAAGGUACAUAGCAGCUUAUAAGAUCAAGAGGAUGAGAAUGUUUGAAAGUUUGUUCAGGCAGUUUGUCUUGUUGAUUUUGUUUAGUGGGAGAAAAGAAAACGCCACUUAUGCUGUUGGGAAAUUUCCUAUUAAUAUUUUUGAGUAUCAAAUAAAUUCUCAACAAAAGAUGUAAGAAGCUGAUAGAAUCAAGGGCGUAUCUAAACUUGUAUUUACGGUAUUUCACCGGCCCGCCCAACCUCGUCAGCUGUCCGGAACUAAUCAGAAGAAAACUUCCGGGGGAUGUGAAGAGGUGUGAAAAGGUGAAGCCACCAUCUGAUAACAAAGAAGAUGUUCACUGUAGCCUUCUCACAUCACAGUAGGAACAAAUUAGAUUGUUUGUUGUAGUCUACUUGGUAACCAUGUCUCACGAACUCGCUUUUCGUUGUCGUGUCACCUCCAUUAUGGAAGCUUUGACAGCAACAGUCGUGCAAGAAAUCUGUCAAUUUAUGGGAGAAAGCUAUGCUGCUCUUCGAGUGGAAAUGUUGCAUGAACAAAAUAAAAAAGAGACAAGGAUGGAGAAGCCAGCGAACUGCCUUAAGAACGUUUCAAAACCUGUUACCCCACCAAGUUUUGGAAACUUUCCAAUUGUGGGGCAAAUCCUCAAUAAACAAGAGGCCAACUAUCAUUGGCUAGAAGACGGUGCUGUUUUUGAAGGCCUAGCAUCACCGGUGCCAGAGACGGAGAGACAAGAGCCAUCACAGCCCCCUGGUCAGAUUACAGACACGGUACCAUGGCCAGUAUGGCUCAUCAAACAGGAGGAAAUGGCUGAUGAUGAUCUGGAAUCAGAAGGUUACGGCGAGUGGAUUCCAGAGACUCCCAAGGCCAAUCAGAAUAUCACAGGAGAAAGUGAUGAGGAAGAGAGAAGUCCAGCCUCUGGGGGAUCCAGAGAACUUGGACUCGACGACUUCAAGAGAGAACAGAGUCCGUUGCUAGUGUCAGCUGAGGAUGCAGCGACACCCAUAAAGACAAAGUAUAAAACACGCAUGUUAGAACACACUGGGAAGUCACGUUUUCGCUGCGAUAUCUGCGGUGAGAAAUUCCAGCGUCAGAGCGGCUUGACCAGGCACCAGCGGCACAAACACAACACCGUGAAAACCUACAGUUGUGCUGUGUGUGGGAAAGGGUUCACCUACAUCAAAUCCCUCAACACGCAUGAGCUCACGCACUCUGAGGUCUCUAUCAGUUCAACUAUAACUCUGGAUGAAGCCAAGGCAAGGAAAAGAGGUCUGACUGAUGAACCCACAGACAGAAAUGCAGCAAGAGAUAUGAUCAGUGCCAUCCUUCACUCAAAGCCAGGUGGAGAAAAGGUAUUCCAGGAGUAUGGGAAAACCAAAGGUCUUACGGAUAGCACACGGAGACUGAUGGUGAACAUUAUUGUGGCCGACAUGAUGGAAAAUCAUGGUAGGAUCCCCCCAUCAAGUGUCCGCACCAACUACGCCCUGGGGAUUGUGACUUUAUUCCCCUACUUGAAUGAUCCAGAUUCAGAGCAUGGUUAUGAACAAUAUUACGACGCAGCUAGUGGGUCUGGUUAUCUGACCUGGAGAAUAAAGACAGUGGGGCGCAACAAAUCAUGCAAGAUCAAGCGGAGAACCAAGUCCACCUAUCAAAAUGGUCCAAAGGCUCAACAAAUUUCCCCUUCAGCUGUUGAGGAACUGUUAGAUGAACAAGUGUCCAUGUCUGAGGUCUCGAUCUGCUCAGUUGGGUCUGAUUCCUCUGGAUCAGCUUUAACUCUGGAAAAAACCAAGGCAAGAAAAAGAGGUCUGACUGAUGAACCUACAGACAGAAAUGCAGCAAGAGACAUGAUCAGUGCCAUCCUUCACUCAAAGCCAGGUGGAGAAAGGGUAUUCCAGGAGUAUGGGAAAACCAAAGGUCUUACGGAUAGCACACGGAGACUGAUGGUGAACAUUAUUGUGGCCGACAUGAUGGAAAGUCAUGGUAGGAUACCCCCAUCAAGUGUCCGCACCAACUACGCCCUGGGGAUUGUGACUUUAUUCCCCUACUUGAAUGAUCCAGAUUCAGAGCAUGGCUAUGAAAAAUAUUACGAUGCAGCUAGUGGGUCUGGUUACCUGACCUGGAGAAUAAAGACAGUGGGGCGCAACACAUCAUGUAAGACCAAGAAGAGAACCAAGCCCACCUAUCAAAAUGGUCCCAAGGCUCAGCGAAGUUGCCCUUCAGCUGUUGAGCAACUGUCGGGGGAUGAAUGCAGAGAGGCGAUAUCUGUGCUUCAGCAUACAACAACUAAUGAUUCACUGGUUCGAGAGAAGAUGAUGGCGACGUUCCAAUACAGACAGGAGGUGGUUCAUGAUCCGGAGAAGUCCUCAACUGUCCUAGAUGUCUUCCCCAGAUUCCUUGACACUACAGGCUUGAUCAACCAAGAUUUCACCAGACUUUUUGGAGAGGUGGUGUCUGGGACAUUUAUGACGAAGUGGCCAACAUUUUUCAAACCCAGGGUCAUCGCAGAUUGCAAAACCCUUCCCUUCAGCGAACCUGUGGAAGACCUCCUCUCAUCUGCGCAGCAUGAAUCCAAUGAUUAUGGAUGGGAGAGUGACUUGGCAGCCAUUUUGUUGCUUCUGCAUCUCCUACCCCCGACCUCAAAGGGCCCGAAGACCGCAAAGAUCCGUACCUCUCAAGCUGCUGACCAUCUGGUUAGAUUUAUGAAGGUGGGGACAAGUAUGGUGACCUUCCUUGAGACGGUUAGAUAUGAGCAGCAGCCCUUCCUCCUCUGUGUCGGUGAAAGGAAGAACAGCCUUCAGAAGUUUUACAUCGUCGUUGACCAGAAGGCCAUCCCAUGCAAGGCCCAAACAUCAGUGGCAGCUUUUGAUGAGCUCUUUAAGGCACACUAUGUCUUCAGUGUGUCCUACCAUGAAGCGUUGUGUAACUUCUACACAUUCAUCCAGACCACCGUGUACGGUAUCGACGUGGGGAAGGCAAAGGAGUCCUCAAGAGUCAAGGAGAUUAGAGUAAGGCUGCUUAACAAAGACCAGGGGAGUGGUGCCGCCGGAGCGCAAGGGAGCGGCGCUCCUGCCCUUUUUUCAAUUUGAGAAUAUAAAUUAGUAGUUUAAUAGUUUAACACCAUCUGCUCUAUUUCGCUCCUAAAACAGUAACUCAAGAAGAUCUAAGUGCAUAUCCCCAUGAAGCUGAUUGAGAUCAAAUGAUUGUCAUGCAGAUGCAGUUUGGACAUUUCACCGGUAAAACGCAAAUAAUUAUCAUUCACCAAUGACACUGAUGGCCUAUUUGUAAAUUAUAUAUGCCUAACUUGGUGUUUGAGGGUAUUACAUUUUAGUGGGAGAGUGUGGACAUAGGGCAGAUGUUGCAGUUAGAGGAUGCAUUUUGUGCAUAUUGUAUUAUAAUAUUCAUUAGGUUACAUCUGUCAGUACAAACUUUAAUUGUAAAAUGAUGUAAUUCACUUUUUGGGGGUCGGCUCCCGUACCUAAAAAACCCCAAAUGGCACUAUACCACUUACAUAGACAUGUGAAUUGUGAUGUGUUUACAUGUUUUAUUUGUAAAAUACACUACAGCAGUUGUGCAUUGCUUUUUUUGACAAGUUUCAUCAUGGUUUGUCAAUAAAACGUACUUGAAUCUGGACCGCAAUUGUUGUAGAUUAAAAUAAAUCAGUCAAUUGAAAUAAAUUCAUUAGG